UCCUCCCUUCCGUCCAUUUGCUUUCCCGUGUCACUCAUCGUUCUCGUGAGCUCUUCCCUCUCUCCUCCGCUUCGUGUUCCAUCGAGCGAUCGCCGAUUAGAUCCGGAGAAAAUGCCGAGGAAUGUGUUCUCCGGCUCCAUUAGCUCCCCCAGGAUCGACGUGGCUAUCGACAUGGGGAACCCCUUCCUCAACCGCACCGUCGACGGCUUCCUCAAGAUCGGAACGGUAGCUGCCUCCAGGGUCGCUGCGGAGGAAACCUUUCACUUUGUGCAUAAAGGGAGUAUCAGCAAAGGCAAAAUCGAGGAUGCUCUUAAGAGAAUGUGUAAAGAAGGAGCUUACUGGGGAACUGUUGCUGGAGUAUACGUAGGAGUGGAAUAUGGCAUGGAAAGAGCCCGUGGUACAAAAGAUUGGAAGAAUGCAAUGCUUGGUGGAGCCCUUACCGGAUUGCUCAUUUCUGCGGUCAGCAACAACAACAGAGACAAGGUUUUCAAGGAUGCUAUCACAGCUGGUGCAGUAGCUACUGCCGCCGAGUUUAUCAAUUACCUCACCUGAUCAAGAUCCUCUUGAGCAGAGACUAUCAAAAUUUCUGCAAUAAGCUUCAUCUCGUUGCCUUUGAACUCGAUUAGUAAGGUUAGGGAGCUGAAUCAAAUGGGAUCCUAUGUUCAUGUUUACUGCAAGUUUUCAUAGCUAAUAAAAUGAAAAGGGUGAGUCAGUUCAUAGGAUCAAAUGACCUUUAAAGGAAUUUAAAUACUCUAUUGUUGGAUUGUGCCAUGCCAUCGGUUCGACCUCUGUUUUUUUUUAUGGUAAAGUAAGGAUGACGCCCUCCAAACACCGGGGAUAACAAUGAGGCAGAUAGAUUUAUAUAUAUUGGAUAGGAUAUGGAUAGAAUUUUAUCAUAUUCAUCUCUAUAUAUAUGAAUCCAAAAAUACUCAAAUCCAAUUACUAUAACGAGAUUUAAAAUUUAGGAGAUAGGAUAGAACUCUCAUAUAAUGAGGGUUCAAAACUCAUGUAGGACGCAUGGAUAAAUCCAAAAAUUAAAAUUAGAAUGA